GCCGCCACAAUCACCGCCGCGAACCGCCACUCGCAGCCCAACGCCACCUCCGCCGUCAAAACCCUGCCCGAGCUUGUAAGGACGUGAAAAGCCAUAACCAAAACUUUCAAAUCUCUCUUCUUUUUUUCUUUUUUUUUUAAUAAAAAAAACACAAAAAAAGAAGAAAAGGUAAUUGUUUAGUGUGAUAAAAAAUAUAUAGAGUUUGGCUUCAUUCGUGAGAUAACGGUCCGCUAUUUUAAUGGCGGACAUCGUAAAACAAAUACUAGCAAAGCCUAUCCAAUUGGCAGACCAGGUUGUAAAGAAUGCUGACGGCGUUUGCUCCUUCCGUCAGGAAUGCCUAGAGGUGAAAUCCAAAACGGAGAAGCUUCUGGGGCUUCUCCGGCAGGCGGCGCGUGCGAGCAGCGAUUUGUACGAAAGGCCCACGCGCCGGAUCAUCGACGACACGGAGCAAGUCCUGGACAAGGCGCUGACCCUGAUCUUCAAGUGCAGGGCGAGCGGGUUGAGGAAGGUGUUCACCAUUAUCCCCGCCGCCGCCUUCCGGAAAACCGCUCAACAGCUGGAGAAUUCCAUCGGCGACGUGUCGUGGCUCCUCCGUGUGUCAGCCCCGGCGGACGACCGCGACGACGAGUAUCUCGGCCUCCCUCCGAUCGCGGCGAACGAGCCGAUUCUGUGCCUGAUUUGGGAGCAGAUUGCGAUUCUGUGCUCGGGGUCGGUGGAGGACCGGUCGGACGCGGCGGCUUCGCUGGUGUCGCUGGCUCGCGACAAUGACCGGUACGGAAAGCUGAUUAUCGAGGAAGGCGGGGUGGCGCCGCUGCUGAAAUUAGCGAAAGAAGGGCGGAUGGAGGGGCAGGAGAACGCGGCAAGGGCCGUAGGGCUACUGGGGCGUGAUCCUGAAAGCGUGGAGCAUAUUGUUAACGCCGGUGUCUGCCAGGUAUUUGCGAAAAUUCUGAAAGAAGGGCACAUGAAGGUUCAAGUUGUGGUGGCUUGGGCUAUCUCUGAGUUGGCGGCGAAUCAUCCCAAAUGCCAAGAUCAUUUCGCCCAAACGAACACUAUCAGGCUACUGGUUAGCCAUCUUGCAUUCGAGACAAUUCAAGAGCACAGCAAAUACGCCAUUGCUAGCAAGCAUAACAUGUGCAUUGACUCCAUUCACACAGUGGUGAUGGCAAAUUCAGGUGCUAGUUCUGCUGCUGCUUCUGCUGUUGAUGAAGACAAGAAUUUCGAGACCCAAGUUGGUGGUCUUCAUCCCAUGGGUGGUGGUAAUGAAAUGCACAACGUGGUGGCAAACACAAUGGCCAUGAAACCGAAUAUGCAGUCGAAUUCGAAUAACAACAACAACUUGAAGGGGGGAAAAGUGGCGAAUAAUAGUGGAAAGAUUAACCAGAGACAGAAGGGGCAGCACCAUGUAGCAUUCCCAGGAAAUAGCAUAAAGGGAAGGGAAUAUGAAGACCCACAAACCAAGGCAGAGAUGAAAGCCAUGUCUGCUAGAUCUCUGAGGCAUCUGUGUGCAGGGAACGUUUCGAUUUGCAGGAACAUUACGGAGUCUAGAGCGCUUCUGUGUUUUUCAGUUUUGCUGGAGAAAGGAGUUGAGGAUGUGCAGUAUCAUUCAGCAAUGGCGUUGUUGGAGAUCACAGCAGUGUCAGAGCAGAAUUCAGACCUGCGCCGCUCUGCUUUCAAGCCUACUUCCCCGGCUGCCAAGGCCGUUGUAGACCAGUUCUUGAGGAUCAUAACUAAAUCUGAUUCAGACCUUCUCAUACCCAGCAUCGCGUCUAUAGGUAACUUAGCCAGGACUUUCCGAGCUUCAGAAACAAGAAUGAUUGCCCCGUUAGUCGCUCUGCUCGAUGACAGGGAGCCCGAGGUGACUAGGGAGGCAGCAAUCGCACUCAACAAGUUCGCCUCUACCGACAAUUUCCUUCAUGUCAACCAUUGCAAGGCCAUAAUUCAAGAAGGGGGCACUAAGCACCUCGUACCACUUAUCUACUUUGGUGAGCUAAUGGUUCAAAUCCCUUCCAUAUUGUUGUUGUGUUACAUUGCAAUGAGCGUUCCUGAUAGCGAGGACCUAGCCAAAGAGGAUGCAUUUAUAGUUUUUGAGUGGGCCACAAAGCAAGGUCACUUGAUGCAAGAUCCCAUGGUUGUAACACUAGUGCAGGAAGCUAGAAAGAGUUUGGAACUUUAUCAAUCUAGAGGAUCAAGGGGAUAUUGAUCAUCAUUUUUUAUCAUUGUUUUAUAUAUAUAUCUAUAUGUAUAUAUGCUUUCCAGGCAUAUCAGAAGGUUGGACUUCUUGUUUUGGAAGCGCACUAGAUUAGGACACAUUGUUCUUUCCUCAUGUAUAUAUGUUCAUUAUACAUGCUUACACUAGUUAGUUGAACAUGAGGUGGUAACUAUUAGGCUAAUUGCUUCUUUUUGACAUUGUACUAUAUUUUUUCUUCUUUUUUU